UAGUCAGUUUGAUGUUCCGCCUUGACAGUGAGUUUGUUCAGAUGUCUGAGAAAGAGCCUCUUAUGUGUAAUGGUUCAAAAAACCUGUUUGCAUGCCACAGGACAGCUAAAUCAGAUGUGGACAUUAAAAUUGAAGAGGACCUCAGGAGGAAGCUCAAAUAUUUCUUCAUGAGUCCAUGUCAGAAAUACAGAGCAAGGGGUCGUAAGCCAUGGAAACUGAUGCUGCAAAUUUUCAAGAUUGCCAUUAUUACUAUUCAGUUAGUCUCCUUUGGAUUGAGCAAUGAGAUGAUGGUCACCUUCAAAGAGGAGAAUCUCAUUGCAUUCAAACAUUUCUUCUUGAAAAAUUACCGGGACAGUGAUACAGAUUAUGCCGUAUACACCAGACAUGAGGUCCAUGACCACAUCCAGUAUAUAAUCAAAAGGUAUGUACACCUGCAGAAUUUGACUGUUGGUAACCAUGCAUUUGAGAAGAUCGACGGCAUGUUCACCCCUCUGUCCCUCUGUCAAGACUUCUAUCGACAUGCUAACAUUUCACCUGCCAAUGAGACCUUUGAUAUUGAUCCUCAUGUAGAGACAGAAUGUAUUUCCAUUUACCCCAUAUCACCCUACAAGAAUGAUGGUUUGGCAAAUGACACAAAUUUCACUUUAGACUUUCAAAGAUUGUUAGCAGUGAACAUCUAUCUCAAAAUAAAAGCGAUCAACCUUCAAACAGUGCGACAUCAAGAGUUGCCUGACUGCUAUGACUUUAACAUUAAUAUCAUGUUUGACAACCAGGCACACAGUGGGCAAAUCAAGAUAUCUCUAAGCAGUGAUGUAAAUAUUAAAGUUUGUAAGGACUGGAAUGUUUCUGACUCAACAGACAAUCACUUCCUGCUCAUAGUUCUGUUUGACUGUGUGGCCAUCUGCGCCUGUCUGCUUUCACUUGUCCUCUGCACACGCUCAGUCUACACAGGCAUUCUCCUACAGUUUGAGUAUACCACACACGUGUCUAUUCAGCAUGGUAAAACAGUGUGUAGGUCUGAGAGAAUGGAGUUCAUCAAUGGCUGGUAUAUUCUCAUCAUCAUCAGUGACACACUGACUAUUGCUGGUUCAGUUCUCAAAAUAUGCAUACAGAGCAAGGAACUGACAAACUACGAUGUGUGCAGUAUUUUGCUGGGCUUUUCAACAAUGCUUGUGUGGAUCGGAGUCAUGCGCUACCUGAGCUUCUUUCAGAAAUAUUAUAUCCUCAUCCUCACCCUGCGGGCUGCUCUACCCAACGUGAUUCGAUUCUCCAUCUGUGCUAUCAUGAUCUAUCUCAGCUAUUGCUUCGGCGGAUGGAUCGUUUUGGGGCCACACCAUGAAAACUUUCGGACAUUUAAUAUGGCAGCCGACUGCCUGUUCUCCAUGAUCAACGGGGAUGAAAUCUACUCCACCUUCACUAAGCUUCGUGACAGGAAUUAUCUAGUGUGGGUGUUCAGCAGGAUGUACGUCUACAGCUUCAUCCCUCUCUUCACCUAUAUGGUGCUGAGUCUCUUCAUCGCCCUCAUUACAGACACGUAUGAGACCAUCAAGAAUUAUCAGAAGGAUGGAGCUCCCUUUUCAGAACUGCAGGCUUUCAUAGCUGAAUGCAGGGAUUCACCUGACUCUGGGAAAUACAUUAUGGAUGAAGAGGCCUCCACCUCUGGCUGCCUUUGUGCUCCUUGUGUGUAUUGUGCCUAAAGCUGAUGAGAAGCCUGUAGGAGCAACAAAUUCAUAUUACUCAGCACUCCUGCAAGAACUCACAAAAUACUCGUUUGAACACUUCACUGUCCAAACAUACAGAAAACACAGAAGAAACCAAUACCGACUUGCCAUUUAAUAUGAUUUGUGCACUUUAAUGUAAGCUGCUUUGAUAAAAAAAAAAAAAUAAUAAAACAAAA